UGUCAGCGUCAACCGAUAUAAAUUAAAAAGAAGCAUUAUCAACAAAUCGCAAGUCGAGAAUGGCUGCGAAUGAGGGGUUGGAAGAAGGCGAAGAAUUUGUGUACAGGAUCAGCACCGCCGAGGAAUGGGAGGAGCUGCAGCGGAGCGGCGCUACUUUCGGUGGAAAUCUCGAUCAAUCAACUGGCUGUUUUCAUCUCAGCAAGCUCGAUCAGGUCCAAUCAACUCUGCAAAACUUUUUCUUGAAUGUUAAGGAGGAUCUAUAUCUACUCAAAAUAGAUGCUAAAAAGCUUGGAAAUGGUUUGAUGUACGAAACUGUGGACGAGUCCAAUACGUUUCCUCAUUUCUAUGGUCCAUCCCGGAGUUUCAGUCCUCUUCCACUAGAAGUCGUUACACAAGCAGAGAAGCUGACCCUGUCGGAUGGCAAAUUCAAAUGCAGCCUUCUGACUUAGAAAACCAAGUUUUAGUCGGCACACUGUAUUGCUUCUCUACGCCGUUGCUCUGUUCAAUACCCAUUAGAAAACACAUUCUCAGAAGAAAUAUUAUCUUUCCCUUUUUAUGCAUAAUUUGUGCUAGAGAAGGAUAAUUCCCUAAUGUAAGUUUCAAAGUAUGUAUCUCUGCCUAUUGUUAUGAAAAUAUUGCCCUUGCCUUUUUGUGCCUGUAGAAAAGAGACCUGUUUGUAGCUUGAUUUCUCCAUUUAUAAAUUUGGAUCAAAUUCAUUUUCAUGAUAA